CGUGGGAACGGAAUCAUAUUCCGUAUUUUAUCGUGUUGAUAUAAUGUCACGUGGCGACGCCGGGUAUAUGAGUUACGAUCCUGUUUAUGGUCUUAAAUCGGAUGGAAGUAGUCGUGAUAAUUACGACAACUUUGGUGCUUAUAAUGAGUAUGUUGAAGAUGGUCAAAGCAUGAAAAUUUCAGGACAUGACGACAAUUUUAAUAAACGUGAUCAUUAUGAACACGCAUAUUAUACAACAUCAAAUGAUUCCGCAAACAUUGAUCAUAUAUCUAAUUAUAAACAGCGCAUUUAUGCGCAUUCUCCUUCAUCCUCUUUAAAUGAAAACUUUACUCAAAUUCCUUCAUCGGAUCAUAUUGAAAAUGGCGGCAUCCUUCUGGGCUCACAUCAAAGGGUAACUCACAAGAGACAGG